AUAAUGAUAUAUCCUAGGGUUUCCAUUUAUUACCUUCCUUUUAUCCACCCAGCGGCGCAAGGAGAAAAGAAGACAAUCGGCGGUGAUUUCUUAUUCGCGACGGAGCAGUAAUUCCACCCUAAAGUCUCGAAACCGCGCAUACAAUCUUUCUGAGGUUUCGUCGAUCGUUAAAGCAGAAGCUAACACAAUGUCGGAUCCUUGGGCCGAGGAGUUUGUAUUCAAUUUGAGAUAUAUGAAAAACAAAUAUAAAUCAAAAGUUCUAUUUGCAGAAGCCAACAGCAACUUUGUCGACAUUUUGUUAAGCUUUCUGAUGAUGCCAUUGGGAACAAUCGUGAGUGUCUUGAAGGAAUUUUAUGAGAAGGUCAGUAUCGGAAGCUUGACGAGUUUGUACGACGGCUUAUCGGAUCUGCACAACGACCAUUUCUUGACAGAGGGUUGUAAGAAGAUGCUGCUCAAUCCGAGAAGCUCCUUCGACCGGGAAUGGAGUAGAUUGAAACACAAUGUUAAUGAUACUCGUCAGCCGACCGAAUACUUUAUGUGUGAGAACUGGCCGUGUCCCGAUUCUCGCGAUCUCUUAAAUAUAAGCAUGGACUACGAUAUCGGUAGAUGCAAGUGUGGAGAAAGCCUCAAAAAGAAAAUUCGUCUUGAGUACACUGAAAAAGCGCAUGAUGAUUGUGACGGUGGUGGAGUUUUUACCGUAAAAAAUGCGUCUUUUGUCGUCUCCGAUGAUUUGAGGGUUGUGCCUAAUGUGGAAGGAUCAGUCAUGGAAACUCUGAAGAAUCUUGGGAUUACGGAGAUGGAUGGAGCCGAGUUUGAUAAGACACCUUUCGGACUCAAUGAGUUUAUGGAUUUGCUGAAGGGGUCCUUUUCACCCCGGCCUCCACUGACAGAAGUCUUAAUAGGCGAAAGGUGGAUGGGCUUGGACCGAGAACCGAGAACUUUAUUUCAUGAGAUGGAGAACGAAACAACUUCUAACUUUAAGAAGAUGAUUUUGAAAGUGAUGGUGGAGAAAUCUACCAAUAAGUUAUUGUUUGCUCAAUCAAACGGAGAUUUCGUUGACUUCCUUUGCAGUAUGUUGACCAUCCCUCUGGGAGGAGUCGAGCGUCUUUUGGGGGGUAAAACUUGUCUCGAGUACAUAGACAAUCUGUACAGAAGCUUAGAGAACAUUAACGGGGACAAGUAUCUUAAGAAUCCCGAUACGAAAAGUAGGCUAACGAAUCCCAAGCUACCUCACGGUUAUAUGUCGCCAGACGGUAUUAUUCCUUCGAGUGACGAAAUUCCUCCUCAACUAUUUUACCACUACGACGCAGAAACCGGCAAGAAAUGGUUGUCGGAUUCGAUUGAAGAUAGUGGGCAGGCUUGCCCUACCGAGUUCCAGAAACACGACGGGUAUUACGUUAAACGAGGAAUAACUAUGUACAUGGUGACUGAUGAUUUGACCAUCACUCCUUUGAAUAUGAACUCGAGCUUUUCGGUUCUCGAUCGUCUCGACAUCCCUUUAUCCGAUGUCGAAGAAGUGGAGGUGCAAGUUGGAUUACAAGAGUGGUUGAGCAUACUGAAGGCAUCACUGACAUCCACUUGUGCACUGAGCAAUGGUCUCCGGAUUAUUGCCAAGCCAAAACCACCGCCGCCGCCACCACCACCUAGACCUAAACCUAGACCUAAAGGUAAACCUAUAUACAAGAAGCAACGAAUACUUCCGCCCAUCUUACCGGAACAACAGGAGGAAUGAUCAACUGGUCGAAUUCUGCUAUGCCAUUGUACAAAUUGGUUAAAUAACUUCCUUUGGGAUAUGUCUCUACUUUAUAAUGCAAUUCGGGGGAAAAAUACAUUUUUCGUACUUCACAUUAGCACCGAUUGCACAUUUGGUCCGAUCCAUUAUGUUCACAAAAAACACAUUUGGUCCCUCAUGUUUCAAAAAUUCAAUACUUUUAGUCAUUUCCGUUAAAACUAACAGAACCAAGUGUGUCCAUCAAUGACUUAACUGACAGACUAACGGUAAAUUGAUGGAAAUGACCAAAAAUGUUAAAUUAUUGAAUCAUGAGGGACCAAAUGUGUUUUUUUUGUAAACAUAAGGGACAAAUGUGAAAUCGGUGCAAACUUGAGGGAUGAAAACCGUAAUUUUCCCUAAAAUCUUUCGGAAUGGCAAUGUCAGAAAAACCUUGACUAGGCUCCUUCAAAAUCAUUGCAAAAUAGUACUUUAGUUUUUUGUUUGCUUAACAUAACUUUGAAACUCAAUUCAACUUCCUUAAUAGUAUUGUUUUGGCUUGUCUGUACAAAAUCUAGAAAUCUAUAUUUUUUCUUUUUUAAUGUUA